CUAUCGCUGGCCCACAUCGCGGGCACGCGUAUACGUUGCCGCCGGUAACGUUCGCUCUCCGACGCCGGCGCGCUGAUCAUCGCCGCGCAGUUGGCCGUGUUCAUCCCCCUCCUCUGAAGGCGAAGAGAAAGGGAUCUAGGAAGAGGGUGAGCUAGAGAACUGGUUCUUUUUCCAGCGAUAUUUCUUUCUUCAUCUACCAGCUUCCCUCGCUCACUCUCGCGGCGCGCGCGCGUACACAGGGCACGUAACGGUUUCGGUGAAGAGUGAAAGGGUAAGGAGCUGCACUGUCUGUGGCCGUCGUGUGUGUUUCUGUCUCGCCGAGAGGACUCGCGUGCGACGGAAUCUCGAGCGCAGAAGAAAAGCGACCGAGAGAGAGAAGAGCACGGGGCGAGAAGAGUGGCGGGCAAGCGUGCCGCGCAUGCCGAAGAAGACGUGCUUUCCCCGGAACGUCCCCAGCUUCGAAAGCCCCGAAGGCCCCAGUACCGGUAAUUGGCGCCGGACCGUUCGCAGCAGCCUCUCGCGUGCCUCCUACAGCUGUUGUCGCCCUCAGCACCGAACGUGGUUGUCUCGCCAGCGUCACUACCGCCCUGUGUGCGCGCGUGCGCGGUUGUCGGCUACGCCUGGUCGCGGCGUCGCUCUCUAGCCACUGCCGUGAAACAUCGUCGACGUGCCCGUUCUUCACUUGCGGUCUAGGAGUCGUUCCAGUGCUCAACCGGCGACCGCCCAGAAGCAGUGCGACUCUGCGGGCUGUUCGCCUCUCGCUCGAGAGUGGACGACGACGACUGAUCCGCGCGGCCCGCCCGCGACAAGAUGCGUGCGGUGCCAGGCUUACACUCGCUCGGACACAGGCGUCCCUGGAAGUUUUUGCUGACGACGUCGCGCUGCUGCGACGUUCCUGCCGGCUGGCACUGACUGCAGUCGGCCAGCGAUGAUCGUCUUAUUUGCGGCGCUGCUUUUCGCGGCGCCGCCGCCCAUUGGCCUGGCUCCCACGGGCUCCAAGCAGCCCGGCGUGCUCUGGUACGGUUACAGCGUUCGGACGGGUGCUGCGGACGUACGGGUGGACGACGUUGCCCAGGUGGCGCCUCCCAACAGCCGGACCUCGCGCUACACCAGCUCCAUCGCUCAUGGCGGCGCCCUCACCCGGGUCGAGUUCGCACUAGGCAUGCCACACGGUAGCGUGGUCUACUACGACAACAAGCGGCCCGACCAUUUGUCGGCCGGUUUUUUCCACCCGAGCUACCAGAGUGGCGUGCCGCCGCUGGUGCCUUUUCCUCAGGGUUACGCGCAACCGUUCGGCGCCGAGGGGCCUCCGGUGCCGACGCAGCGUUUCAUCGGCCAAGUGGACCACUCUCAGCAGCCACUUCCAUUCUCUAGUCUCGGACCCAGAAUCGGUACUCGCGCCGUGCCCACAGUCCCGUUCGUCGCGCCCGGUGUAGCCAAUGGACCGGUACAGCAGCAGCCGUUCUCGGCCAUCGUGAGGUCGCAACCCGCGCUGUCACAGCCGCUGGGGCCAGUGGUUCAGACUGGCUCACCGCUGGCUACUUCGUUCCCGGGUCAGCCGGAUGUGACCAGAAAAAAAGCUGCCGUCAUUACGCUACUGGUUCAACCUCGCCCCUCACCUGCGCUUGAGGCCGGCGACCUCGCACCUCAGGAAGUCGAAGCAGAUGAAGUGUACAGCGCCCAGCGCAAACCCCCUCAAGAGGUUGUGCCCUUCACAAAUGCUGACCACGAAAGGUUAGGUGUGGUAUCUCCCCUAUCCAGACCUGCAGACGAACGUGAGCAGAAACCCAAUGGUACGGUACCGGAGAGUGGCGUUCAGGAAUCCAUACCUACAUAUGAAGACGAAGAAAACAUUAGGCAGUUCACUGGCAGUGACGAGAAGUCAUCCUCCACCACUGCGUCGGUUGCUUUGCAGACUUCUCAGAGCCAAGACACGUCGUCUGUGGUGAAGAACCACGUCAAGACCCCUCUCGUGCUGAACGACGGGAGGGGUCAGUAUGAUUUUCGUGGCUACGAACAGUUCGAAGGUCAACCCGGCGUCGAGGACAUCCCCGAGGCGCCGGAAGAUUCGCGUACGAGUAAAAAACACCGACACAACUUCCGGGUAUCCUAGCGGCGCGUCUGCGGACGAACAAGCGCAGCAGCAACGAAGUGGGGCGCGCCGCGGAUCGCGACGGCCACUGCUCACGAAGAGAAUCACUUUAUCCAGAACGCGGCAGCCUGCGCAAGACAGAGUGCUUACUGAUAAGGCCUACGAAGACGGCAGCGGCGAGAAUUAUCGAGAACCCGCGACGACGAGCGCGACGUCUGACGUACAGCCACCGGGACAGUCAGUAGGUUCGAAGGCGUACAUUGACCCAGUUUCUAAGGAAAACAACAGGACCCUUGCACAGAGAGAACAAGCGGAACCCAAUGGUGAGCGGAAGAGCAAUUUAGCACCGGUAGAUUCCUUUGACGAGGAGUACGACCAUGAUUAUGAACACGACGCUGGCCAACGAGCAACUAAAAUAUCGGUUCCUUCAAACAAGGCGGAUAGCUCAAUGCCUCGCUCCUUUGUUCCCAACACUCAAGAUGACUUGCCCUUUACCGUUCGACCACCUUAUCAGAAGCCGCGGCAAAUUGACUUAGUAACUGCGUCUCCCGGGGCCUCUGAGGAAGAAGACUUGCACGAAAAGAGCGACAAAGGCUCAGAAAGCGUGACCGAGGCGACGUCAGCUGAUGACAACGUAAAACACGGAGAGAACAGUGAAGAUGAAACAAACAAGCACAAAUCUCGGGUUCUAAGCAUUGCUCUGGGUGAGCCUGCAACUGUUAUGGGAGCGAACCACGAACAAAAAAUUCCGAGAGUCAUUGGUUCAAAGAAAAACGAAAGGCCUGUGUCAUCAGGCCGGGCUAGACCAGCGCGAGUACUAAAUAUUUAUUUAAAUUCUGUAGUUAAACCAAGUUCCGAAGUUGAUGACACCAAUGUGACUACGACGACAACAGCAGCACCGACUGAUUCACCAGAAGAAAUUUUGUUAAAGAAAGAGAGCCUUCUGGGACCAUCUGAUCUGGUUUUGCGGCCGCAGUUUGAUGCUUCCGCGGAGAAUGCGAGAAAUUUGCUCGCCACUUUUACGAGGAGUGAGAAAGAGCUGAACAAAGCCAGCCAAACAUCACGAAAUUUGUUUCACUCCGCUACGUCAACGAGCACAAAAACGCCUACAGUGAGGAUUGUGAAGAAAGCAAAAUCAGAAAACGAAGAGGCGGAAGCCGUACGAAAAGAAACGGCUGUGUUCCCAUCGACGACUGAAGUGGCCUCUAAAUCUCCGCAGUCCUUUACGUUUGAAAAGACACCCGUCAAAACUUCAGAAACCCUCUCGUCAUCCCAAGAAACUUAUCCGCAAUUGCUGUCUAGUGUAUGCUCAACCGUAGGGGCAAGUAUUUCCGUGGAGCACCUCACGACACUAAAUCAUAAGCCACUUACACCAACGCCGACUCCGCUCACCUCUUCCUCUUUUAGCAGCACACGAAGUCCGACUUCGAAUUUGACAGUCACUGAUGUCCUGGAGAGAUCAAAGUCGGGAGCCGCAGUCGUACCUUUGUACGAUACCCCGUUGCAACCGACUCCGACACCACAGCUGACGAAAACGCUUUCCACGCGCAAUUUUGACAAUGACGAGUUUCCGACGUGCCAAAAUACGUGCUUCUGGACUCUCGUUCGCCGCAGCAAACCGAUGUCGGCUGUCGCAAACAUUGCCACAAGUUCGCCGACAGGCACAGCUGUCAGCGCAACACCCGCUGUACUACUUGUGUCAAGCAGCACAAUCAGCUCAGGAGACUUGCUCAGCUCUGCCCUCGUAAACCAAACAAGUGCACGAUCAUCUAAAGGCAAAAGAGCGAAAACUGAAGUUGACGGUCGUCGUUCGGUGGUGGUCUCACUCAGAAAUCCUCGGCCCCCGCUUCGCAGUCCAGAAACGAAACAUUACCCAUGCGAUCUUCCUUGGGAAUGGAGGGCGAAUCUGAUCAAUUAUCCGACCUCGGCACCGAAGAAUCUCGUGGAAAUUCUAGCGUAGCGUUACUGCCCAGCGCGCGAAACAGACCUCGGGAAGCGAACAAGCGGAAAUCUAAGCAGUCCUCAGAGCACAGCAGCGAGCGCCUGUCAUCAGACGUAAGGCAAAUUUUAGGUACCGAUUUCUCGCUAUUCGGCCUCCCUACGCCCUCGCUAUCGCCUUCACUGUCGCCUUCAUUAAGCUCUACAGACAUUUUUAAUGCUACUCGCACAGGCGAACCAUUGGACAGUUUUAUACUUUCACCAACUCCAUCUCUUCCUGCCUCUUCGUCGCCGCCCGAAUCGUUAACGUCAAAUUCGCGAAAAAACUCCCAUGUUACGCUUAGAGGAAGAAUUCUGGUGGUGGCAAAAUCAAAGGGCUCUUCAACGGCUAGCAGUGCAACUAAUUGGACUAGAUUGAACAGUAAACAAAACACUGAAAGGAAUACGUCUCCGACAACUGCCGUUUUGCCUGAGCCGUCGCUUUCGCGAAUCGACACUUCUCGUGUGACAAAAAGCCGCAGAAUUAUUCCACACGGAUAUACUUCAGAAUGGAGAAUUGUGAAGAAGGCCCCCUCGAAAAAGAACAACACAAAAAAUUUCCUAAGUAAUUCAACAACUGAAACUUCGACUACCACCUCAGUGUACGCCACGCAAGUACACGAACUUAAAGAAACACCACGUUUACAAAUUAAAAGCUCUUCAUUUGACUCAAGCAAUGUAGAAAACGUAUCCAGUCGAGUGAAAAGUCAUACCUCAAGUUCGUCUAGGAGUAAGAGUGCACGCACGUCAACGAGGAAGAGCUCGCAAGGUUCAGGAAAAACAAAGACACCUUCGAAGCCUCCCUCUUCAUCUCGUUCACGGACCCUAGGUACGAAAUAUGUAACACCCACUCUACAACCAUCGCAAGUUCACCCCAACGUGUUAUCGACGAGCACUGUUAGCGUCAUCACAUCCACAACAUCCUUGUCGCCAUCAUUAAGUCCGUCGCUAGCUGUGGACAAUGCUUUUAAGAACACACUGUCCACUCUAACACGAGCACUGCCUACGCUGCGCGGUUUCCCAGACACUGUAACGGACUCCUACAAUGUGUCGCAGAAGCCACUUUCUGUCACUAACUCUUCCGUAAUUCCCUGGUCAACAUCUCUAUCUCACAGUCACCUCGCAUCCCCUGGCUAUCCCUCCGGUGUUCGGUCAAGGGAGGCACCAACUUUAACAACGACACAGGCAAGGUCAAUCUCGGCCACCAAGCAGCCUAAACUACACAACUCCUUGGGAGCCGACCGCGAUCAUGUCAACGUCCAAGACGAAGACGUCUAUUUCGUAGACGGCGACGAUUCACCGCAGGGUCGCCGUAACCAUAGCUCCCCGAAAACCGACGUCAACGGAAACCAGUUGCCCGAACAAGCCAAUGUCGGGACAAAGGCUCCCAGUGGUGAACCUACCAAGAGCCAAGACGACGACGAUCCGAGUACGCGCGAGCAGCAGAUUUUCCUGCCACCAGCAGCCGUUCCCAUCGAUUCGGCAGGAAACGGGAGCCACAAUUCUGACGUGUCCGAUGACGAGCUUUCCGUAGAAGGGCCCGCGGCUCCUGAUCCGACCAACGAGGCGACGGGACCCGAGUUCUCUCGUCCCAUGCCGCUGUGGCCGUUCCUGGCACCGCUAUUGCUUUUGCUUUUCCUCCCACCCGCGGUUUGGUGCCUGUUGCGGCCUGAGAAACUUCCGCCGCCACCGAUGCCGCCGCCGCCACCGCCGCCAGUGCCGCCGUCAUUCCACAGCUGGGGACGUCCUUCCUACUAAAACGCACGCGAAAGAACACUUGCAACAGUGCUGACAGCAGCUGUCACAUUCUAAUUGUUGUACAUUACUGGCAACCCCUCUGCGUGAGUCACUGCGUGUCCCAUAUGUAGCGCCAUUUUCGUGAGUUGUGAUGCUUCACGACGUUUCACUGAUCCGGCUCCGAUAGAGAUAACGCUCCACUAGGGAGUACGAGCGCUCUUGGAAAUGUCGUAACCAUGGUUAACGUAGUUAUUCCCGGAAAAGGAUCGCAUUGUACGAUAAAAUUUGUUUCGAGACACUGCAUUGCUUUGUCAACAGUGUUCGAAGAGAGGAAGAGCGAAGAGCCAACGUCUUGAUGUGGGGACUUCGACACGAGGACGUACCGACGAAGACAAGUCAUCAUGUUGGAGCGUUGUCUCACGAAACAUCUCUUGUUCGAGAACUGCUGAUGCCUUAAAGUCUCCAUCUUCUUGUGUAUGCAUAUCUUGUUUGCUGCUUUGUGAGCAACUCACGAUGUCGUGCUGAGUGCGCCAUCGUUUCUCACCUUCCUGUGGGCCCGUGCCUUCACUGAUCAGUCAAUUCAAUGCGAAAGAGUGUUUUGUUAUUCCAAUGAUCGGAACAGCGAUAGCGUUGGAUAGUUCUUUUGUGAGUGAUCUUCGCGAACAGCGUGAUACGGGAGUCCGCUCAUCUGUGCUCUCUCUUAUUGUUUAAUAACCGAUUUGAAUAAAGUGCAAAAAAGGCACCUAUGUGCAGGAUAUUCCACAUUUCCUAAUUAUAAUAUGGCUUACCCAGCUUUCAGACACCUCGAUAAAAACUGACGUGUGUUCAGUAUGUCGCAUAGAACAGCGGGGCCUUCUAGUGUACCAAUAAUUGCAUUGCAGCUUCUUGCGAAUUCUGGCAACGCGGGUAAGACGGAGAAAAACUUCGUUCCUCCUGUGUGUGGCUAGGCGGGUAAAAAACUCUUUGUCGGCAAAAGUGAGAAAGACGGUUAGCCAUUAGUUCCAACUAUGACUGCUCUCACAGCAUCAAGAGAUUUCAUACCUUCGAGGGUAUGCGACAUUUUGCAUCGUUUCCAUGGGCCUCCAAAACACUUGAGCAUAGUCUUUAAUAUAGACUUAUACUAAGCCUUUGUUUACUCGAUAUGUAGGCGACAGCAAAGACAAGAUAUGUUUACUUCAAUAAGGGAGGCACAGAAAAAGUGAACAUUGUCAUGCAACGCAGAGCAAAUGUCGAAUAUGACCUGAGAAGUCUGAAGGUAUCUCAUAUGCCCACAACAUCAACCGUGACGCCAAAGUCCAUUGAGGAUUUCCGAUGCGUCCGUAAGCCCGGGUGUCAAUUAAAAAUAAAUAGCUGCAUCCUUACUUCUGUGCCGUAUUUACUACAUAGCGGAUAGUCAUAAAAAUGGAGUACUCAAUUUCCCGGGCGAAGAAGAAAACUCGCAUGAGCUUUCUGUUUGGGUGUGGCGAAUAUUAUGUUGUACUGAGAAGCCAGUGGCCAUAUAUUAUCGCUUCUAACUAUCUGUCACCGCCGUCAUUUACGGAAGUAAGGAAUAAAGAAAACGAGGUAAACAAGCAUUGUAAAAUAAUAAGACAUUCGCUACGCAUUUCACAACGGCCACAACUGUCUUAUUUGCAUGGGAGUUCCGUGUCCUUUCUGGCGACAGAUUCCAAAAGUGCGGCAUAAUAUUUUUUCUCUCAGAAGUUCAAUGAUAAGAAACAGCUGCUGAAGUACGGAUCAUGCUUUUUCUUCGAAGUUCAGACCUGUGAGACACUCGGCGACAUAUUGACACGUGUAUUUGUUCAUCGAGUGACCGCGUGGCCGUAGAGAAGCACGUCGAGGUCGGUGGCUCUUUGUCGUGCGUUGCAGUUUGACCUUGGCGUCGGAUCACAGCUGCGUCGUGUUGACGACACUCGUAAAUAUGUGCAGGAAGCCUCUACGGAACAAAUCCUAUGUUGUUAGGGUCGACUCCCGGUUCCCAAACAACGUUCUGGCGACGUCUUCUAAGGCGAAGUAUACAUGCCGCAGUUUGUCGUCGAAGUCCCAGUUGUUGAAAGCCGCAAUUCGUUCACAGGUUUCCAGCCAGGUUUUUGGGUCUUCAGAUGAUGAUCUAUGGAAGGUAGGUGGUUCUCUGGGCUUUUGCAGCAGGAUGAUGUUCGCUGCGGCUGCCAUUGAGAUUGUCUUGGCCAUGAUAUCCUUGGUCGUCUCAGGUAGACGUCCGUGCUCCGGGGGCCGCUGUUAUAGCCGGUGGCUUGCUCAUUGCUCCGGGAGUACGUUGGUGUUGUCCUUGCGGGCCAGGCUUGGAUCACGGCUUGUCAGGGGCAUCCGAUACAUAAAUGAAAAGCACCUCGACCAGAUGUCACGUAGUAGUGACGGUGAAGUAAGCAGCAAAACUGUGAAUGGUGAAACUAGGGUUUUAUUGGGCGAACAAGUGCCCUCAAAAACAGGCUGUACUGGAAGAAAAACGAUAGCGGCGAACGCUCGCGGCGGUCGUCGAAAUCUGAUCACCGGGUCCAGCACGUCGGCUUUUAUACAUGAGCCAUCGAACGUUCCACAAUAAUCGCUGGUGCCCGCAUGUCUUCGAGAAUGUUCCGCACCAUUCGUGUCGCGCGUACAUGCAAUCAGAUUACACAGGAUUCGGCGACAGCGAAUAAAGCCAUCGAUAACAUUCUAUAAGCUUCCGAUACAUGCAAGCGCGUCCUGCGCUGAGCGAUAACAUUUGUUAGAAGAUGAAACGGGGUCACUCGAUGAAGAACUACACGUGUCAAUGUAAUAUCUAGAUAAUGCUCUUCCGGGCGCUACCUUCAUUUGUAAUUUUAUUUUAUUUCUCCUAUGGCUGUGGAAAUUACGAGUGCUUGUUGUUUUUUAUAGGAGGUACGCGUUAUAACAGCUCUAAUCUCAAGUAGCCACCUCAUUGUAUAGCCAUGUUGUAUGCCAGUUUGUUGUCUCUGGUCAUGUACAAUGUCAUUUUAUUCCACAUUCCAUAAGUCACUUACUUGCCAUUCUAAGUUUCAGCAUGUGCCGUGGUUUGCGCAUAUGUGUACACAUUUUUUUUUUAAACAAGCAGCAGAGAAGUGCUCUCUUGUGUACAGUGCCCGCUGUGUCAUUGUAAGCAUUGCCUUCUUGUAUUGAAAACACGUGGUGCGCGUUCUCAUUUUUGAGUCUUGUACAUCCCGAUUAACGGAAAGGUUAUCACACCCUAUGCGAUAGUUACGUUUCUGGUUGAGUAACGCACGCCCUUCUGCUGCGGAGUAACAUGAAUAGUUCACCUUCCGGCCUUUCAACAUGAGUCUUUUCAUUUCGCUCAUGUUAUUUUUUAAGGUUGGCAGAUUUCAUAAAUAAUUCUGCUUUAGCUUUGUGAGCGGAGCGAUACCUUGCCGAUGCCUUGUUUGAAUGAAUUUUUGAGCUGUACAUUGAAGCUUUAUGGAUGUUUAUAUUGCGCAAAUUUGUUGUAAUAAACAUGUUGAAAGAAAAA